GGGACUUGAAAAAAAGGGAUUAGCGUCUACGCGGAAUACCCAUAUUAGAUCUCUACUUCCCUCUCGGUUCUCAAGAAGAGAUCUCGAUCACCAUUGCACAUUGGAUCGAGAAAUAAGAGGUAGGAGAUGGAGCUCUUCUAUUACCUUCUCUUCGGCGGCCUGUCGGCGGUUGUAGCGCUACUUGAGCUAAGCAAGACCAGCAAGGAUCGCAUCUCCACCUCCACAGCGUUCAACUCCUUCAAGAACAACUACCUCGUAGUCUAUUCUCUUAUGAUGGCCGGGGAUUGGUUGCAGGGCCCUUAUGUGUACUUCCUCUACAGUCAGUAUGGAUUUGACAAGGGAGACAUUGGUCGUCUAUUCAUUGCUGGAUUUGGCUCUUCCAUGUUGUUUGGAACCAUAGUUGGUUCUCUGGCUGACAAACAAGGUCGUAGGAGGGCAUGUGUUACCUAUUGCAUAACUUACAUUCUUAGUUGUAUCACAAAGCAUUCUCCACAGUACAAGGUCCUAAUGCUUGGUCGUAUCUUGGGUGGAAUUGCUACAUCCCUGUUAUUUUCGGCCUUUGAAUCAUGGCUCGUUGCAGAGCACAAUAAGAGAAGCUUUGAACCUCAGUGGCUAUCCUUGACUUUCUCAAAGGCUAUAUUUCUUGGUAAUGGUCUAGUUGCCAUUGUGUCAGGGCUGUUUGCUAAUAUAUUGGCAGAUAAUUUGGGCUUUGGCCCUGUUGCCCCUUUUGAUGCUGCUGCAUGCUUUCUUGCUAUUGGCAUGGCAAUCAUAUUAUCCUCAUGGAGUGAAAACUAUGGAGAUUCUUCUGAUAACAGGAAUUUAUUUUCUCAAUUUAAAGGCGCUGCAGUAGCCAUAGCUUCUGAUGAGAAGAUUGCUCUCUUGGGUGCAAUACAGUCACUGUUUGAAGGCUCUAUGUAUACCUUUGUGUUUUUGUGGACUCCUGCUCUAAGCCCAAAUGAGGAGGAUAUUCCUCAUGGGUUUAUCUUUGCUACAUUCAUGCUUUCUUCAAUGUUGGGAAGCUCCAUUGCAUCGCGGUUGUUGGCUCGCUCAGCACCAAAAGUGGAAAGCUAUAUGCAGAUCGUUUUUGGAAUCUCUGCACUAACUCUUCUCCUCCCUAUUAUCACUAAUUUCCUAGUGCCAUCUACUGGAGUAAAAAGUGGCAGCAUCUCAGUUGCAGGCUGUAUCCAACUCUUUGGCUUCUGUACCUUUGAGGCAUGUGUUGGGAUAUUUUGGCCAUCUAUCAUGAAGAUGAGAUCUCAGUACAUUCCGGAGGAAGCCAGAAGCACAAUCAUGAACUUCUUUCGCAUUCCUCUCAACAUAUUUGUCUGUGUUGUUCUUUACAAUGUGAAUGCAUUCCCCAUCACUAUCAUGUUUGGCAUGUGUUCUAUUUUCCUCUUCAUGGCUUCGGUUCUGCAAAGGAGGCUAAUGGUGGUUGCUGAGAGCCACAAAUCAAAGCCACAGGACUGGAGUGCAUUGAAAGAGAGGGACAAUGAGACGGAGCCAUUGAACAUCUAAUUAAUACUCUACCUCAAUUGGAGUUCUCAAAACCUUAGUUGCUCAGUGUUUCCUACAAUAUUUACAUAUUCCAAUUCCUCACGCUCGUGAUACAUAAGAAUGCUUCUGCUGAAGAUUGAACGAGUUCUAAUGCCUUCAGCAACAACCGAAGAAUUAGCAAUUUUCUCGCAUUAUAAGCCAAGUAAUCGUAGAAUCUCAGUUUGAGUUCGUAUUUCUGAGUGUCAAGUGGUUGGUUGUGGCAAAGCAUAUGCAACUAUAUCUGCUAAGCUAUGCUACUAGUCUCAAUUUUAAGCACCAUUUGUUUUAUAGUAUAUGUAAUAAUAUUGCUAUCUUCCCUUGUUAUCAAAUUUGUUUCACGUCUGGCAGUUUGCUUCCGUUUGGUCCCUCUCUUAAUUUAAGCAAAGAAUUCCCGUUCGUUGUAACUUCAGUAAACUGUUCGAUUUCCAUUUGGUAUUUUGCUGACAGAAAGCGCUCAUAUAAAUUGACUGAAAUGUAGUUUUUAUGGA